CUUCAUUUUAGCCGUUCCAUUCCUCUAGUCAAUCGCAGUCUGACUCGUCCUCUCGCCUACUCUACUGCAUCUUGACUCGCGAACAAUUUCACUAGAUUAUCAGUCUAUUAUUAUUCUUCUGUCAAUAUCACCAGUCUAUUAUCCCAUUCUUCCGUCAGCGUGAUUUGUGUUUUGAUUUCAGUCACAUGCCUUAUUCUUUUCAGCCAAUUCAAUCACUCUAAGCCCAAUCAGCCAUGCCUAGUCCCGGUUUUAGAUCCAGCCAAGAAGAAGAAGAAGGCCGAAAGGUUAAUCAAUCUGCUGGAGAUGUCGAGCUCACGAAGAGAAGGAGGAUAAGCGUUCGCAGUCAGAUCACCUCAACGAUUCGUCAGAUCCGAACCAACAUCGAUCAGUGCGGAUCACGGGGAGGUAUAACCGGUCUAGUAAAACACCUCCAGGAUUUAGCAACGACAUCUACACUCUUGCAUACCUUCUUGCUAACAGUAGAAGAUGCAAGUGAGAAAGACAGGCAAGAGGAGAGGCAUCGGUCGUAUGUUCAACAGGUUGGUGAAGCGGUUGCCGAAGCCGAAGAACACCUGAAGUCCAGAGCUGGGGAAGCCCCUUCUGGAGUCAAUGACAGUAUCAAGCAAGAUUCGAAACGUGCAGUAAGAGCAUCGGAAGAAGAAAUCCGUGGGGCGCAACAGACCCGCACACAAGCAGAACAGUCCAGAAGAAAAGCAGAAGUUGCUUUACAGAAAUUGCAGACAGUCGAUUCCGAUCUCGACAAACUCUCUUCAGUCAGCAACGGAGGUCAAUUUCAACCAUUUUCAAGAUUAGCGGCUGAACCGACACCACCAAUUCAGAAAGCCAGCGUAUGUUUUGCUGCUCGUGUCAAUCAAGUCUCUUCCAAACACUCGUCAAUAUCGCACAUUUCAUGGAAAUCCGCUUCACACCCGUUCUGUUUCAAGUGUGAAGGGGAGCAAAGCCUGGAGAGCCAUGGAGCUUUCAAAUCAUCUUCUGCAGGAGAACGUGUCAGCUUUCGUGUAAAGCAUCGGCUGUGUUUCGGUAAUCCGAAACCAAGUCAGUCGAUUCGUGUCUGUCAUCUACGGAAGCCCUGCAGUCAAUCCGGCCGCGCCUUAUUCUGCCACGCGCUACUACCUGACGUCAAGCGAGUCAAUUCCCACGCCUCCAUCGUGAUAUAUCCAGCUACUCUACUCAUCGACAACAAAGGUCAUCAACGAGUGGAGAUGGGAAGCAACUCUACGUUAAUGCAGCAAGGAUUCCCCAGCCUCUUGAAACUUUGUGAUGAUCAUCUUAUUCUUUCCAGUUCGUCUCCUAUCCUUAAUGUCAUCAGAGUUAGAAACGUCAUAGACUACCCCUUGCAGCGAAGCAGUUUCAGUAUGGGAGGCUCAGUUCAUCCUACCACAUCCAUUGUCUGCUCAACUCUGCCAACGGUGACCACCGAUACAUCCAUCACCGAUUGGCCAGUUCCGAAGGAACGUUGGAAGGAUCAUCCCAAUCUAUCAGUAUCAACGACCUGUGGUAUGGUAGACAUUUUGAUCGGUAAUGGUCUUCUCCCCCGAGUCACAGCUGUCAGAGCCAACACAAUCAUCAGAUCAACCCGAUUGGUCCAGCCUGCCGACGCGAUGAAUCAGUCCCGAGAAACAGAUAAUUUUGACACCGAAUACCAAGUCACGGGAAUGUCCGAAGAUCAUCGAAAGACCGUCUCGAUUUUAGAUGGUGGAACCCGGAAGUUCAGUGCCGAGGAUUGCGUCAAGAGAAUGCUGUCCGAUGUCAACCUGCACCUCCAAGACUGGAUUCCAAAUUCAUCCGAGUUCAUCCAGUCAGUCGUAAGAGGGCCACACAUCACCUGUAUCUUCUAGAAUAUGCGCUGAAGAAUUCCUCUGCAGUUGAAGAUUUUCAUUUACAUCAAGUCUAUUCAAAUCAUUAAAAUCUCAGUUACCCAUUGUAAUCAUCUAAGACAUUAUUUUUCUAUUUCGCCUUGAUUUGCUCAUCGAUGUUACACUACACCUCGAUUCGGGGGAGUAUGUUCCGGCGAAAUUCUGUCUUUGAGCCGAUUUAUUGCAAUCUGGCAACGUCCUCGCCUUUAUUUCUCGCUGUCACUAUAUUUUCCUAUUAGUCGUCUGCUUCUUGCACGUUUUGAAGUCGAGUGUGACAUUCUGUUCUCGAAGAUCACCGUUACUUGUCUUUCUUUCUGUGAUUUCUGUUCGGUCUUUGUCUCACAAGUUCACUCUGGAACUAUUCUGCCUUGCCUCAUUUCUGUGGUCAAAUAGCCUGUGAGCCAUUGUGUUCUAUUUUCUGCUUUGCAGGCACCAUCGCUUAUACCAUUGCUACGUCAACAUCGUUAACUCUCAUAGUCAUACUGCCAUUCUGGCAGACAAAUCUUACUCGCAAUACAUUGAAGAGAAAACCCACUGCCGGCCUAUGCUCUAAUUUAGCUUCU